GGUUCAAUCAAUACGUCUGCACCACACAGUGCUACACUGAACGCAUGUCGUGAUACAAAUAAGAAGGAAUUUUAUUAAGCCAUUAUCUUAAUUGCGCUUAAUUCGGUUGUAGUUAAGUUGGAUACAGUAGUCAAGUGCAAUGUUUGAUGUUUAUGGGAAGGUUGCUCUUGUAACAGGCGGAGCUUCAGGGCUUGGAUUUUUGUACGUGAAGGAACUGCUGCGAAAUGGCAUUAAGGGUGUUACAAUUGCGGACACGAACGACGUAUUUGGAGAGCGAGCAAUUGAGGAGAUUAAAAACGAAUAUGGGGACGAGAAGGCGAUAUUUGUGAAUGUCGACGUGUCGGAUAAGUACCAGCUUGAAGAAGCUUUCAAAUCUACAAUACAAGUCUUUGAAAAUAUUGAUAUUGUCAUUAACAACGCUGGCAUUCUCAACGAUGCGAAUUGGGAAAAAGAGAUCCAGGUCAACUUGAACGGGACAGUAAAUGGGACUCUUCUAGCUUUUGACCACUAUAUUGCAACAUACAAGAGUGGCGCGGAAGGUGCAAUUAUCAACAUUUCAUCUAUUGGCGGAUUGGAUGCAUUUGCCACUGCACCAAUUUACACCGCAUCAAAGUUUGGCAUUGUGGGACUAGGGCAGGCUUAUGGUUCGAAGUUACACUACGAAAGGAACAACAUUAAAGUCGUGACAGUUUGUCCAGGUUUUACACUGGCGUCGUUAAGCGACGUUGUUAAUCACGACAGCUUGUUGGGCACUGCUUAUAGCAAAAUUAUGCAUAAAGAGUACGAUUCUAUUCCCGUUCAAUCACCGACUUUCUUAGCAAAAUCCGUCAUUAGCAUUAUUCAACAAAGCGAACCUGGUUCCGUAUGGGUAGUUGAAGGUGAAGAAUCACCUUACGAAGUUGAGUUCCCGAAUCGACUUCUGCGCAAGAAGAAGAAACAAAACCUUUGAUAACACUAACUGAAAGUUUCAAAAUAUUUUAGCAAAUUGAUAAUAAACAUAACCGCAUCUGAUUAUAGCAACUUAUAUCUUCCUAUUUUGUAAUGUUAUUUGUUAUGUUUUUGCUUGUUUGUAAUUCAUCUGAUAUGAAUUGGAACACGUUUUUGAAUAAAAAUUAUGGCCAUCUAUUCAGCGGACCUACAA